AUGUCACGUCUUUUUACCCUGGUACUCUCUUUUCUGGCCGCCGGCCACGUAAAAGCACUCCCUGCGCCUGCCAGCGAGUCUGAAUUGGUCCCCGGCAAAUGGAUUGUCGCUCUCAAGCCUGAAGCGGCAUCUGACCUUGAUCUUCACACUCGUUGGGUAUCGGACAUUCACACACGCAGCAUCGAGCGUCGUGACGAUGGCGUGAGCGGCCUCGAUAAGAAGUUCGACUUUCCUGGGUUUGCAGGUUAUUCCGGGUCAUUCAAUCAUGAGACCCUAGAAGCCAUCAGAGCUAAUCCAAAUGUAUCGGCUCUUGAACCUGAUCAGGAGGUACACUUGGCGUCGUUCAUCGCUCAGGAUCAACCACCUUGGGGGCUGUCCGCAAUUUCCCAUGCCAACCCGCCUAGCUCCAACUCGAACUACAUCUUCGACUCGAGCGCUGGCGAAGGGACUUUCUCUUAUGUCCUCGACUCUGGUGUCUUCGUGGGGCAUCUAGACUACGAAGGCCGAGCAAUCAGCUACGACGCGACGGGCGGAGCCGCAACCGACUACAGCCACGGCACCCACGUUGCUGGCAUUAUCGGAGGUGCUACCUAUGGCGUGGCCAAGAAAACACAGCUCAUCGGGGUACAGGUAACGGGAUCUACUGUGGGCCAGAGUUCCUGGCUUCUUGCAGGCUUGACUUGGACCAUUAAUGACAUCUUGAGCAAAGGUCGCAUAGGGAAGUCCGUCAUCAACAUGUCUUUAGCGUCCGGUUCUUCAACCAUCACCAACAACGCUGUGCAAGCUGUGAUUGACAGCGGUGUCUCUGUCAUCGCAGCUGCAGGCAAUUCCAACAGUGAUGCCGCCGACUGGUCACCUGCGAACCUUCCCGCUGCCAUCACCGUUGCUGCCAGCAACAAUAACUACAAUCGAUGGUCGGCUUCUAACUGGGGUUCUACGGUAGAUCUGUUUGCGCCUGGACAAGCCAUUCUUUCUACCUGGGUUGGGUCAUCCUCUGCGGUCUAUACAACGUCGGGGACCUCGAUGGCGGCGCCGUAUGUUGCCGGAGUGGUGGCAUACCUCCUCGCGCUUGAAGGACCACGAACACCUGCGGAGAUGAAGGCUAGGAUCUUGGACCUUGCUAUCAAGGGCGUCAUCUCCGAUCGCAAGGAUGUGCCGAACUUGUUGCUAUACAACGGGAACGGUGCUUAGAGCAUUGGGAGAGCUCGUGGAUGAAGAGCAGUGCUUCUGGCCCUGUGGACGGAAGACUCGCGUUUCUAGGAUGCAACGGGCUACUUAAAACCACAUCUUAAGCUAGGCAGCAAGCGGACUCUCCUUUUCGG